GAGAAUGCUGAGAUCAAGGCCGAGAAUACAAAAUUAAAACAGGAUAAAGAAGACAUUGAGGUCAGAUUCGCAAAACUAGAGCAGAGCGAUAAAGAAAAAACUGAUCUUAUUGCUAAACUGGAAUGGGAUGGUUCACAAAUUAAACAGGCUUCACAUAACCUCGAGUCAAAAACUCAUCAAAAUCCAGACUUAUCUUUAAAUAAUCAAAAUGCUUCUUUGACAGAAUUAGAAAAGCCGAUGUCACUUCCAUUACUAUGUAAUGCAAUUACUGUGACCAAUGGUCACGAUCGAGAAGAGAUUAUACCAUCACCAUUACCAUCUGAUGCAAAAACCGUGACUAAUGGUCACGAUCAAAAUAAUGUUUAUGUAAACUCUGUUAAUAUCUCUGAAGUAUUCGAAUCAGAUAAUCAAAUAGUAGAAAAUUUAAUACAAGAGAUGUCCUAUGAUCAUACACAGAGUAUCAUUUCUUCCAAAAAUGAUUCCACAUCUUUAGAUAUCAGUGGACCUG